AUGUUCCAGCCAGCAGGCAAGCGCUGCUUCACCAUUGAGUCCUUAGUGGCCAAGGACACCCAGCAACACCUGAGCCCAGAGGAGCCCCUCCGACCCACCGCCCUGCCCUACCCCACCUCCACCACCGAAGCCUUUGUCACUGGCUUCCCCAACCCAGCCGGCAGGACCCUCUACCCCAACCCUGAACUGGUCUUCCCGGAGGCUGUCAGCCACCCUUCCCUGACUGUGCACCCCCACCAGCAUCUACAGCACCCCCACUCCUUCUUCGGAGCCCAGCACAGGGACCCCCUCAACUUUUACCCCUGGGUGCUGAGGAACAGGUUCUUCGGGCACAGGUUCCAAGGUAAGACCAACUGCCACUGA